AGUUGUUUGCUACAUGUAUCGUAAAUCACUCGGCGUACCUGUGCAGACUUGAACAUGUCAAGGGACAUGCUUCAGUUGCCGUAUUACUUCAAUGCUAACAUACUAUUGACUGUAAGAGGACAUACAUAAACAUAAAGUUAAAGGUUUGUUUACAUUUUACCUGAGGGAAGUUAUACACGUUCAAUGAUAAUUAUCUUAUCAUAGGAGAACUGAAAUAUGACAUAAACAUUUGUGAUUAGAUCUGGAUUUAAAAAUCUAUAUUCUUAUGUGAUUAAAGUUCACACGUUUCACCGAAUUUAAAGCAAAACAUGUAUGUUUAACAGUUUAACAUACUGAUGUGGACAUUAAACAUGUGAACAGUGACCCUGUGUGGGUAAACAACGUGUUUAGGGCAAACAAAGUACAUAAGUGGUGAAGAAUGGCGUCCAAGCGCGUGUGGAUAACAGUGUUGUGGUUGGCGGCGGCGGUGCUGGCGGUCCUUGGCUGCCUUUUCCAGCUGGUGGGACUGGUGACGCCAGCCUGGGUGUACCUGAGUGGCCAGGGGACGCAUCCCCAGUCUUAUACCGGAUAUGAUCUCCAGACAGGACUCUGGUUCCGCUACAAGUGUGACCUGGUCGACUGCCGCCGGAUCAGCUUCGGCGAGGAUAACCUAUCGGAUCCACCGAACCUGUCGUCUAACCAGGCGCUAGCGUUGUUCUCCUUCCUGUUGACAGUGGUGGGCGUGGUCAGUGUGGUGAUAAGCCGGGCCUGCUGGGGCCGUGCCAAGGUCAGGGUCACGUCCCUCAUCGCCGCCACCUUCUUGCUUAUUCUCUCAUUCAUUCUGGGUCUAGUGCCGACCAUACGGAUGAUCGGGGAGAACCAGCAGCUUAGCGGUGAGUUAGCGGACCGGUUUAACGGGAUGACGUACCAGGUAGUUGUCCGCUCCCCGUACUCGCUUGCUCUUUUCGGCUUCGGCUCCCUUCUCGUGGGAUUCGCCGCCAUACCGGUGCUUCUCAACUGUAUAAUCAACAGGAAAACUGAUCUCGACGACGACUACGAUUAUGGCGGGAAAAGUUACAACGCGAACGCAUUCCCAGUCAGAGAAAAACAGUUUGAACCUGCGCCCGCGCGAAAUGUGCACUCUGAAUACAAGGGCGAUCCUUACUACGAGCCGGAAACCGCCGCCAGCAAGUGGGACCGGUCGAAGCGGGGCCGGGAGGACAGGAGCGACAGGACUCGGAGCGAGCCCAGUUCUCGCUACGCUGUUGACCUCCCGGACAAGCCCCGGCACAGGGAGGGACAUGGCCACUCCCAUGCAAGAAGCAGGGGGCGUGGGUAUGAUGAUGAUGAUUAUGAGGACUAUGACACGGGGGAAUCUGACCGGGAAUCCUAUGCAAAGAUGGAAAUAGGUGAAAAACAUGGCCGAGGCACCACACGUUCAGUGUCAAAUAAACAUUACAAUUCCAGCAUGGUAUGAGAACCAUUUCAGUAAUAUCCGAAAACGAACAUGAAAACUAGCAACUGAACACGGUGAAGUCGGUAACAUGUAUACCAAACUUGUAUAGGUACAGUUUGUACUGUUUCGCACAUACUGAGUAUCUAUUGACUGAAGCACAUUCAGUGUUCACGCUCAUUCAUGGGAACGCCAUGCAGAUUCACAUUUCAUCAUUUAGAAGAGCUCAAGAAAUCCAGAUUAAAACCGCCAAAUUUCCAUUUAGUGAUGAUAACAACCGCCAAAUUUCCAAUUAGUCAUUAAUUGGUUUUAUCAGGUGAGGUAGAAGCUCGCUCAUAUGCACUGGCCAAUUUAAGAGGCAUUCGCGAGGUAUUUCCCGCUGAACACUAAGAGAGUUAGCAUUUAUUAUGGUCUACUAAACAAUUAGUAGACAACCGGCUGCACCUGACUUAAUUGCUUAGAAGACCAAAAAAUAAUAAUUGCAGUAACUAUUACAGAGCGGUUUACAGACGGGAAUAUGCUGUAUUAGAGAAUUGCUUUAGUGACACUGGGUUGUAUUUUGUUUUCAGUAUUCAAGAAAUCUUCUAAUAAAUCAUUUAUCAAGCAAUGUGUCUUAUGUUAUGGUACUAGUCAUUCGUAAUCUCUAGAUUUGGAAUGUUCUAAACGAUCCAUACCAUAGAUGCAGUUAUUGUAAAUUCUAUAAUAUUAUACAAGCAAAUUUAAUAUUUUGCUUUAAACACUGAUUGUACAUUUGUUAUACACAUCAAAAUGGGACACGUUUACGUCUUAAUCAUUCUUUAUUAGUAUAUUGAAUUCCAACGUGUAAAACAAAUACAAAUUGCCAGGUACAUUAUUCUGUUGUCAGAUAUACGUAUAUAUUUUUUAUUUUUUAUACAUAUUAUUUGGAGUCAAAUCCAAUAAAUAAAAGCAAUACAACUGAAAACGAGA